UGACUAGCUUGAACCUGUUCGUCCCAUCGAUUCCAAGCAAAGAAUCAAUCAAGAUGAGGACUUGGUUCGAAAUGGUGUUCACAUGUACGAUCAGUGGAGAGCCUGCAGAAGAGCCGGUGGUAUCACCAUCGGGCCACAUUUUUGAGAAAAGGCUUAUUUUGAAGUAUAUUAUGGAGAAUGGAGUUGAUCCGGUAACAAAUGAAUCAUUAGAAGAAAAUCAGCUAAUUCCUUUAAAAACUGGCUCUAUGGACACAAUCCCGCGUAAUGUUGCUGGUACAUCCAUUCCAUCGCUGUUGAAGAUGCUGCAAGAUGAAUGGGACAGUGUGAUGUUGAAUAGCUUCUCUCUUCGUCAGCAACUGCAAACAGCUAGACAAGAACUCUCGCAUUCGCUUUAUCAGCAUGACGCUGCAUGUAGAGUCAUCGCUCGUCUUACCAAAGAGUUGACGGCUGCGCGUGAAGCCUUGUCUACAUUGAAACCACACGCUGCCAAUAUCGCCCACGCUGCAGGAGACAUCGACAUGGAACAAAGCGUCGACGAAGCACAAGGUAUCUCCGAGGCGGUACUAGCUCGCCUUGAUGAGAAGGCGAAGACUUUGACAGCUGCUCGUAAGCAGCGUGGCAAGAAUCUCCCAGAAGAAUUGACGAAACAGGAUGAAUUUGCUACAUUCCGUGAAUCUGCUUGUCAUACUGGAAUACACAGCACUGGUACCCCUGGAAUUACUGCUUUGGAUGUGCAGGGUAAAAUGAUUCUAACUGGAGGUGCUGAUAAGACUGUCGUAUUGUUUAACUCCGAAAAAGAGCAAGUGCAAGAUGUUUUCAAAGGGCAUCAAAAGAAGAUUAACGCUGUCAUACUGCAUCCUAACUCCAAGAACGCCAUUUCUGCCAGUUCUGAUGCUCAGGUACGUGUCUGGACAACCGGAGAAGAGACAUGCAGAGCUCUCAUCGAUAUACAUCAAGCUCCAGUCACCGAUAUCUCACUUCACGCUACCGGUGAUUAUGUGCUUUCGGUGUCGGAUGACUCUCACUGGGCUUUGAGUGAUGUAAAUACGGGAAAGACGUUGUGCAAAGUACGCGCCGAUGAAAACUCCUCUGUGGCCGUCUGUUGCGGACAAUUCCAUCCUGACGGUCUUAUCUUUGGAACGGGCACAGCUGAUGCUGUGGUGAAAAUCUGGGAUCUGAAGGAGCAGACCAAUGUUGCAAACUUCCCUGGUCAUCAAGGAGCUGUACGAGCUAUUGCGUUCUCUGAGAAUGGUUAUUACUUGGCCACUGGUGCCGAAGAUGGAGAGCUCAAACUUUGGGAUUUGCGAAAACUGAAGAACCUCAAGACCCUGAAUCUCCACGACGGCAAGCACUCUAUCAAUAAUAUAUGCUUUGAUCAUUCUGGAACGUACCUGGCCGUAGGAUCAAGUGACGUUGAAGUGUUGCAUGUAAAAUCAUGGCAGGUUGUCGCAACAUUUGAAAACCACACAGCUGCAGUUACUGCUGUUCGAUUUGGAGACCAUGCUCGAACAGUCUACUCAACAUCAAUGGACAAAAAGGAGGAUCAGAGUAUACGGAAUUUCGAAAGAAUGAGUUUUAUGCGUCGUUGGACGCUGGGAGAAGAGAAACCGCCAUCUGAGAGUCGAUAUCGAACAGACAGACCACAUCUUGAUAUUGUAACUGAAGGAGACGAUCGAAGAUUACGCAAACGCGAACUCUACGGCCCCGCCUCGAGCUCAGAUAGCGUUCACCAUUCACCGAAAAGGCGAAAAACGACUCACACAUCAUUCUCGCUGAGGGAUUUAUUUUUUACGCCAAUGAGGACCAUGUACAAGUUGAUCGCUGCCAAGGAUGAUGACCUAGAAGACUCUGCAUUUGAGUCAACUUCUCGAUUGAAUGGAGGAAAUGUAGGAAAUGGAGCGACGAGUAAUCGAUUUACAUUUCCUCAGACUCCACUAGUGAUUGAUCUCACUCGCGGAUCAACCGAUAGUGAUCGUCCGGAGGUGGAGAUUGUAGCUGAAGUACAAAAUGCGGAACCACGGCAUUCGGCGGAAGAGCCGGCUGCUGUUACCACUAGACGAGGCACCAUUGAUCUAUCGGAUUCUGACGAUGAUGCAAAAUAUGUAGAUGUUGACGAAACACGGCCAUCAACAAGCGUUGUUGAACAGCAAGAUGAGAAUGAGCAGCCAGACGUGGAGUUUGUCAAGGAAGUGGAACGACAGGAUGAAAAUGAUGACGUCACAAUAGUUGCUGAGGUUUGCCAUUCUCCGAAAGGAACUUUAUUAGAGAAUAGAAAGUCUGUGGAGACUGCCAGAGAUCGAGUAACUUCACUCGCAUUGUCAGUAGCCACAAGUCCGGCUGGAUCUGAUUCGACUAUAUCGAUUCUAUCAGCACAUACUCCUGAUCAAGGUAUUUCGCCAACGCCUGAAGACAGUGUCAGUCGUCAAGGAACCCCGCGACGGCAUAGAUUUGAUACCCCGUCCCCUAGCAGUGAUCCCUGGCGACGGCGCAGGUCCGGAAUUGUUAAGGCCAAGUCUUUGGAAGCUACUUCGCAUGCUGCAUCUAUUGAGAGGACGUUUGCUCGACUACGAAGCGGAAUCUCGGUCAGCGGUACUCCCCAAGGAGGGAAUGUGGAUUUGGCUGCACGCGAUUAUCUCGUGGACAUGAUCGGAAAGAUGGGCAACAUAGUGGAGUAUCCCUCCCAGAACGGAUCUCAGUCAAGUUUGACGAUGGACAAACGAAAACCCUUUCGCAAAAGUCGGCGAGUUGAGGACACCCUCGAUGCAAAAGUGAGAAUUAGGAGAGUUUUGGAAAAUAUCGAGCGAAAGAAAUAUGAAAAGAAAAAGUUGCACGAAAGAGAAGGCGAAAGUGGAGCCACUGAAGCAAACAAAUCUUUUGAACGGCAGUCAUCGUCUGAGCAACCUAGUGAAAAUGGGGAUAGUGAGCAUUCAUUGGCUGGAUCCAGUAGGACUGACGAUGUUCGGGUCGAAACUGAAUCCGAGUAUCAAAGUUUCAGUUCACGAUCAGAAACACCUAUGAGCUCCCGAUCUUCGGGUGUCGAAAAGCUUACCGAGCUGUUGGGUAGGAUGAAUACCAUUAGUCAGCACCCGACUCCGCGUAGCAUAUAUCAGAGGUUCAAAGAUGAGCUUCGAGAGAAAUCAGAGAGAGAAUUCGCAUUGAGAGAGGAGAUAAGGAUACGAAGUCUUGCUGGAUUGUACAGAAGAGAAAUUGCGGAAGAGGAAAUCCGGAAAAAUCUCGAAAUCGUUGGCAUUAGAGUUCCCGCCAGGAAACCGAAGGUUAAGGACGAGUUCCCUCCAUUACCGGAAGAAGCUCAUGAAUUGUGCCAACGAGUUUGGAACCGGCGCUUACCGCAGUCUGAAGAGUUUAGCGAGGCUUUUGGAAUCAAAUUGACACGAAAAGACCUGUCUACCCUUUCCGGAUUGGACUGGCUAAACGAUGAAGUAAUCAACUUUUACUUACAACUGGUAUGCCAAAGAAGCACCGAGUCCAAGAAUUUGCCGGAUACGUAUGCUUUCAAUACAUUUUUCUAUGCAAAUAUAUCUACGAAGGGAUACUCUUCGGUAAAGAGAUGGACUAGAAAAGUGGACAUCUUUUCAUAUGAUGUAUUAUUAGUACCUGUGCAUCUCAGUGUACAUUGGUGCAUGGCGGUUGUUGAUCUCGGUAGAAAAUGUAUAGAUUAUUAUGACUCAUUACUUGGUAGAAAUCAGCGAUGUCUCGAAGAUAUAAAAAAUUACCUAGUGGAGGAGAGUAAAGACAAGAAAAAGCAACCCUUUAGCUUUGAAGGAUGGGAAUUCAAUCUUCGCACGGAUAUACCACGUCAACUGAACGGUAGCGAUUGUGGUGUAUUUGCGUGCAAAUUUGCCGAAUUUGCCUCGAGAAGAGCAGAAAUCGUAUUCACACAAGAACAUAUGCCUUACUAUCGACAACGGAUGCUAUACGAGCUGGUCACGAAGAAAUUGUUAUAAUGAUCGGAGUUAGUAUGAAUCUGGUGUCCUAGUCGUUACUUCCUUACUUCGGAGGAUGUAAAUUUGGAACUUAUCGGCAGCUCGAGGGCGAUUAUGGCGUUCUUAUCGCCGAAAGUGCUCGGGUCUUCGGCUGAACUGCAUGCCCUUUAGGUGCCGUGUACAUUUGACCUUUCUGAUGGUCAUAUGUCUUCUUUGCGCUUAUUCAAAUUGGCAAAGAAUUCUCUUCCUUGUUUCUUGUCUCUGUGUGAAAAUACUAAGCCGACAAUGGCUAUGUACUAUGCAUUUUAUUGUAACAAGGCGCUUGAAUUUUUUAACAUAUAUUGUGUCCCGCUGCCCUAGAGAGAGUGCUGGCUGCAAAAUUGGAAAUCUAUCAUGAUCAACUGGUCGAUGUACUUUGGGUCCACACGAUGAGCGCUCGCCGCC